UCCCCAUGGUCGAUACCGCCCGCUCUGGGAAGCAUUGGUUUAGACUAAAACAUUUGAGAUCUUCCGUUUCUCUAAACAUUGCACAUUUUGAAAAGCAUUGAUUUAGAAACAGAACCUCAAGGUCUACUCCUUCUCUGGCAGUCUCACAGCAACCACAGUUCUACCAGUCGUCACCAAGCAUGGCUUCCGUGAUGUUCAGUGCUCCGAGUUCUGGCUCUCAGUUUCACUUAGUCAUUUAUCUACUGGUAUAUCUUUUUUCUCUGACAUUAUCUUUAAGAGUCCAAGACUCGGAGACCCGCCAGGUACGAUGCCUCUCUGGUAUGUGGAACUUCAGAGCAGAUUAUUCUGCAAAAAGAACAGAAGGGUUCAAGUCGAAAUGGUACUCGAAGCCUUUAUGGCAGUGGGUAAAUUCUGAGUUUGCUUUCAACCACAGUGGUGGCCAUUUACCAUUUGAGGGUGAUGUCACCCAUUUGCUGAAGUAUGACAGAGCUGAACGAGUGACAGUAGCAGUCAACAACACCCUCUCACCAACAACACUACCACCAGGGACAAUCACAUAUAAAACGGAUAGCAAAAGAUAUCCUAAGGGUUAUUUUGUCCAGAACUUACAGAUGGACUUCUUCAAUUAUGCUGGUAUCCACCGUAAUGUUUGGCUCUAUGCCACUCCCCAGACUUACAUAAUGAAUAUUUACAUUGAUACCAGCAUCCAAAAAUCCUCAGGAAUUGUAACUUAUGAAGUUAUUCCAAACCAUUACACCAAAGGUCAACGUUAUAAAGUGAAGGUUAUCAAUGAAUACGGUAACCUUGUUGCUUCUUCAAACCAAUCUACUGAUGUCCUGAAGAUUUCAAAUGCCAACUUUUGGUGGCCGUAUACAAUGAACACAUCAUCUCCAGCCUACCUUUAUACCAUGGAGGUUACACUUAUUUCUGACACCGUGGAUAUCUAUAGACACCCCUUUGGCAUACGCACCGUGAAAGUCAACUCUCGUCAGUUACUUAUAAAUGAUCAGCCAUUUUACUGCCUUGGCGUGGGACGACAUGAAGAUGCUGAUGUGAGGGGUAAGGGUGUCGAUCUCCCAUUCAUUGCCAAAGAUUUCAACUUGAUGAAGUGGCUUGGUGUCAACUGCUUCCGUACAUCUCACUAUCCAUAUUCUGAAGAAUUGAUGGAUGAAGCUGACAGACAAGGAUUUGCCGUUAUUGAUGAAAGUCCAGGAGUUGGCAUUGAGAAAAACAACAUGGAAGAAGCAAAUUUGAUUCAUCACAAAAAUGUAAUGCUGGAAUUGGUCGAUCGAGACAAAAACAGACCAUCUGUAAUUAUUUGGUCAGUUGCUAAUGAACCUAGCUCUUACUUACCAAAAGCCGAAGGUUAUUUCAAGAGUAUCAUCAGAUUCACCCAGAUGCUUGACAAAAGUCGACCUGUGACCUUUGUAAUGAAUGCCAAUGUGUUUACUGAUAAAGCUGCACAGUUUGCAGAUAUCCUCUGUAUAAACCGUUAUUUCGGUUGGUACAGUGAUAUGGGUCACCCAGAAGUUGUCCCCCUUCAGCUGCCUUAUGAAUUGGAUAAUUUCCAUGCUUUACAUCGGCGACCUGUCAUCUUAACAGAAUACGGAGCAGACACGGUCAAUGGCCUUCACAGGUCCCCUUCCAUUGCCUUCACUGAAGAAUACCAAGUUAACUUACUGACUGCAACUCAUGAAGCCCUUGACAAACGUAUUGGGACAUACAUGGCUGGAGAAAUGGUCUGGAAUUUUGCUGACUUUCAAACAGAUCAAGGUAACAUAAUAAUAAUAAUAAUAAUAAUAAUAAUAAUGGUAAUUAUUAUAAUAAUAAUAAUUAUCAGCAUAGGUAAAAUGUAUCCCUGUAUUUGUAGGUGCAUUAGGAACUAUCCCUAAAGAUUUGAACAAAUG